AUGUCGGCUCCUGUCGGGCCGCGGGGCCGCCCGGCUCCCACCCCGGCGGCCUCUCAGCCGCCUCUGCAGCCCGAAAUGCCCGACCUCAGCCACCUCACGGAGGAGGAGAGGAAAAUCAUCCUGGCCGUCAUGGAUCGGCAGAAGAAAGAAGAGGAGAAGGAGCAGUCGGUGCUCAAAAAACUUCAUCAGCAGUUUGAAAUGUAUAAGGAGCAGGUAAAGAAGAUGGGUGAAGAAUCACAGCAGCAGCAAGAACAGAAGGGUGAUGCUCCAACCUGUGGCAUCUGCCACAAAACCAAGUUCGCUGACGGAUGUGGCCAUAACUGUUCAUAUUGCCAAACCAAGUUUUGUGCCCGUUGUGGAGGUCGAGUGUCAUUACGCUCAAACAAGGUACAGGAUGAAAGCUGAACUUCCUAAUUCUCUCAUACUUUAAGCUCAUCGUGAAUAAAAUAGACAACGAAAUUAACAUUCAGGUUAAUCAAUGGACA